AGAGGGAGAGAUGGGAGUCCUUGAGUUAGUUUCUCUGCUUUUGCUUCCACUUUUAUGGGCAACUUGUAAUGCAAUCCAUGAAGACUUUCUUCAAUGCAUGACCAUCCACUGUAGAGGCUGCAUUGACACCUCAAAAUACAUCCACACCCCAACCUCUCCAUCAUACACAUCUCUCUUGCAAUCUUCUCAACAAAAUCCAAGAUGGUUGAACUCCACAACUUCAAAGCCUCUUCUCAUCAUCACCCCUUACAAAGAGUCUCAAAUCCAAGCUUCCAUUAUUUGCACCAAAAAGCAUGGCCUCCAAACAAGGGUCCGAAGCGGAGGCCACGACUACGAAGGCCUAUCCUACCUCAGCAACACCCCUUUUGCCAUAAUCGACCUCAUCAAUCUCCGAUCAAUCAGCAUUGAUAUAGAAGCUGAAACAGCAUGGGUUCAAUCUGGUGCAACUAUAGGAGAACUUUAUUAUAGUAUUGCCAACAAGAGUGGGGUCCACGGAUUCCCAGCAGGGUUGUGCCCCAGUGUAGGGAUUGGAGGGCACUUCAGUGGAGGAGGGUUUGGGACCAUGUUGAGAAAGUAUGGACUUGCAGCAGAUAAUGUUGUAGAUGCUUAUUUGGUAGAUGUCCAUGGAAGAUUACUGGAUAGAGAAACAAUGGGUGAAGAUUUGUUUUGGGCAAUCAGAGGAGGUGGAGGAGCGAGCUUUGGGAUCAUAGUUUCAUGGAAGAUCAAGCUGGUCCGAGUUCCACCCAUUGUUACUGUUUUCAACAUCGACAAAAAGUUGCACCAAGAAGAACAAGGUGGUGGUGCUACCAUGACCAAGCUUGUCCACCGAUGGCAACACAUUGCGCAUAAACUGCCUGAAGAUCUCUUCAUCAGAAUCGUCAUCCAAGUUGUUGAUGAUGGAGAAAGUCAAGGUGGGAGUCAGAAUAAGGCAAUCAAAGCUUCCUUUAACUCACUAUUUCUUGGAAGAAUUGACGAGCUAAUCCCUGCGAUGAACAAGAGCUUCCCCCAGUUGGGUUUGCAGGCAGAGAAUUGCACUGAAAUGACUUGGAUUGAAUCAGUCUUGUAUUUUGCAGGGUACCCGAUAGGACAACCCCUUGAUGCUUUACUGAACAGGACUACUCAAUAUAAGAGCUAUUUCAAGGCAAAAUCGGACUUUGUGACACAACCCAUACCACAAAGUGGGCUUCAAGGAAUAUGGGAAAGGCUUUUGCAAGAAAAUAUUGCAUUCAUGAUCAUGGAUCCCUAUGGCGGAAAAAUGAACAACAUUUUAAAAUUUGAGUUACCUUUUCCCCAUAGAAAAGGCAAUUUGUAUAACACACAAUACCUGGUGAAAUGGGAAGGUGAUGACGGGGUUAGGGCAAGGAACAAGCACAUACACUGGAUCAGAUCACUUUAUCGGUACAUGAGACAGUUUGUUUCUCGUUCUCCAAGGGCUGCGUAUCUCAAUUACAGAGACCUUGACUUGGGGAUCAACCAGCAGGGGAACACCACCAACUACUCACAAGCAAAGGUUUGGGGAAGAAAGUACUUCAAGGAUAAUUUCAAGAGGCUGGCACGAGUGAAGACCAAGGUUGAUCCCAAAAACUUCUUCAGAAAUGAACAAAGUAUUCCACUGCUUCCUGCUAUGAAAAGAAAGGUAAUAUAAAUAUUAAACAGAGAAGUUCGGCCAGGCAACCAUAUUCAUAAUGAAAUAGUUUGUGUAAACAAAAGCAGUUUUACAUCUAACCUUUCUCAAACACCGCAUUGGCAAGUCUUGUGUACUGAGCUGCCCUUAUGUCUUAAGUUGCUCAUCCGAUCAUCAAAUAGAACAA